GAGCCUCUCUGUCACAAAGAGCAACCUAGCAAAGUUUCCGAUCAUAUGUUGUCGAUAUCGUGACGUUGCUGGCCAUGUCUUUGUUUCUGCUGACACGAACUUCUUCUACCCAAGACGGCGGCUGCGAAGCAUGCUCGGACCUUGACAAAGAACGCAGAACAAAGGCACCUCGAUAUAAUCAGGAGUCAAGUCAUGGAGGCCCAUCCCGACCACACAGCUCUCCUUCACAUCCUUGCAAUAUACCAGAUUCAUUGGCUUUACAUUUUGCGAAACAUCAUCCCCAUGUCAGGAGAACCUGGAGCUUUCUGGAUCGUCACUGCUCCCAUGCCGAACUUUGACGAGAUUGCAACGAUCAAUAUCAGCGGUCAUGAAGUCCCCCUGCCAGCAUACUGGAAAAUAGUCGACCUCGUGGCGCAAGGAAAACGCGAAGAAGACAUUGUCAAACUUGUCACUCAGCAUACUGGGGCCAGAACUCUGAAAGUCGUCACCGACGUGGUAAAAAGUGUCGUGGAAAAUCAAAGGCACAUCGACACGACAGCAACGUCAAGCUCCUCGCGUCGACUAAGCCUGCCAUUCGCAAGACCGAAACGUGUCAGCGCAUACCGUGCAGCACGUAUCGAGGCACGUCGCGAUCUUGAAGCGGCGGAACAGAAAUUGAAGAGUGCCAAAGACCAAGAAAAAAAGCUCCUCAAUAAUGCUAUAGCUUUGACUCGAGAAAGAGAAAGACUCGAGAAGAAGAACAUGACCACGGACGAACGACGGCAGACGUUGUCUGCAAUUGAAGAUGAGAUGAAGGUGGUACUCCGCAGACACAAAGAGGUCGAAGCUCAAGUCGAGUAUGCGAAGACUCUCACUGUCAUACACAGGGCUUCGCUUGCAUAGGAGGUCUUCCGGAUAACCACCUACUAUAUAUAUCAUAUGAUGUAUAUCAAAUCAUCUGUUGUGACAAAGCAUCCAUUAUGUCGGACAAAGGAUCAAAGCAGCGCUAUACUUCGGAGGCGCCCCCUCUCUGCAGACAAAGAGACCAACAUACUGCCUGUCGCUGCUUACGAGCAUGUCACAACUACGCAAGAUUGUCCUGCUGUGGUGACGGGGAGGCACUCACCGGCAUCUACUGCUCGAUGGGAUUCUUUUCUUCAGCCCACAGGCUUGCGUUUUGUUUUCCUUCGUUCUACUUUGAAAGGCCACACACUAUUGCUGCAGAACAACACGCAUUCACUGUUGACAAUUACCUCCA